AUGGAUAGAGCAAAAGAAGAACAAAAUAUUAAAUAAAAGGCAUCAACUCCUUCUUUUUUAAUUAAAACUUAUGACAUUUUAGAAGUAUACAAAUAUUGUCUAUAAAUUAAUUAGAAUCCUGAUUAUAAUGACAUAAUAUCUUGGAAUGAGGAGGGCACAGCAUUCGUUGUAAAAAAUGUCAAUGAAUUGGCUGAGAAAGUACUAUAACAUAAAUAGUUUAGGUAUUGCCAAAUCACUUUAAGCAUAAUAAUUAUGCUUCUUUUGUAAGAUAAUUGAAUAUGUAUGAUUUUCAUAAAAUGAAAAAUGAAGGGGGAGAUAAUGAAUUUAGACAUAAAUAUUUUUAGAGAGGAAAUAAGUAAACAUUAAUUCCUAUGUCAAAAAGGCAUUUACUGUGUGAGAUUAAGAGAAAGUAAGGAGAAUAGGUUGAGUAGUUUGAUGAAAGAAAUUAGAAUUCAAGUUAGAAUUGUAAAAUUAUUUCUCAUUUAUAAUAGCCAAUAAUUCAAUGGAAGUAGAUAUGUCUAAGCUAAAAAAUGAUUAUUAAUUUUUUCUUAAUGAAAUGCUAGGCAUUAAGGGAAAGUAACAUGAAUUACAAAAGGCAUUGAUAUUAAUCAUGACUUAAAAUGAUCAUUUAAUCAAUGAAAAUAAAUUAUUAUGGCAAGUAAUCUAUUCUAAAUCCAUAAUUUUUUAAAGGAAAUCAAAAGAAUUAGAGAGACAGAUGAAAGAAAAAUAGAUACUUUGUCAUACCUCUUAGCCACUUUGAUUACUAACAUGAAUUAAUCCUAAAAUCAAUAAACAGUACAAUAACUAGUAGGAGUGUAGGUGCCACCAUAAACUUAAAUUCCUUAAUAAGAACCAAGUAUUAAUUUAUAUUUAAAUAUAGAUAAUCAUGUUGAUUAACAGUUUAAUAAUCUCUUGAAUCUUUAACAAUUAAAUCAAAACAGUAUCAUAUUUCAAUAAGCCAUAUAGAACCUGGAUAAUAGAAGGAUCCUAAAUAACUCUAAGAGCAUAAUUCAUUUUUGGAAAAAAUUAUGAAAACCCAAUAAUAAUAAGAAUAACAAUUGCAAUCUAGUAUAUAUAUAUUCAUAAUAUAAUUAGUUAAAUAAGAUAUUUCAUAAUAUGAUAAUGGUUUUAUAAAGAAAUAAUGUAAUAAUCAAUUUUAAAGAUAACCAUAACAUAUGGAUUCUAAUUUCAUGGUAUAAUAGAAUAGUUAGGCAUUGAUUUAAUGUAAUUUAGUAUCUAUAAAGUAGAACUAAUGAGUUUAUCUUAAUAAUAACAAUCUCAGUAAUAGUAGCAAUAAGGAUAAUAAUUCUAGAAUAACUUUUAGAAUUAUUUUGGAUAAAAUAAGGGAAAUGAAAAUUUUAGAGGGUUUCCAUUUUUAUGA